AUGGCUCUUCGAAAUGUAUCGAAUAUGAGCAACUAUAGUACCGAAAGUACUGAUUCAUUGCGUCCAACGAGAGCUUUCCACGACGAGGUUGCCGUCAACCUCGAUGAGGUUCUCAAGUAUACUAUUAAAGUGAUAUUGCUAGAAUACCUCAACGAACCAAGGUUCCGUCAAACCCAACCAAGGGAUGUUGGAAAUGUGGUUGCGGAUCAAAUACAGUCUCAGACCAACCCAAUCAAGGAGCAAAAGCGUAUGAAACGAAGGUCUUGGCUCUUUGGUGAUGAACAAGGAAAGAGAGCCGAGGCAAGCGAGGCAAAACAAUUACAAAAGAUAAUUCCAGAGCUCGGAAGCUACUUAAGGCUAGUUGCAAUGGGGAAAAUAAGCAUAAGUGAGGCGCUCUUUCGGCGAAGCCUUCUCAAACUUUACAACGAUGACUUUUUGAACCCUCAAGCGUCAAAACAGCUUGCAUCUAUGAGUCGGGUGGAGGAACUUAUCAUUUUAUUCACUAAGGCGGCACAAAAUGAGAUAGCGAAGAUGGGGGGCCAGCUAAAUGGAAAAGAAGAGCUUUUUAACCAAGUGUCGAAGUUUACCGAUGCGCUGACGCAAUUGGUGUCUGACCACGAAGCUCCUAAUUCGCCCUUAGCGAAGCGAAUUCAUGAAUAUAAGAAGUCUUUUGAGCUAAAAGUUAGAAGAACAGGACACAUGUCACCGUUUCCGAGUUACACAUCCCUUCCGCAAAAACACAUCUCGAAACCUUCAUUCAGAUUGUCCGAUAUUUGCCAUUCAAGUUAUCUAAUAGAACUAUUUGGCCUUUCAGAGAUUGAAUUACAACAAAAAAUUGUUAAGUACGCAAACGAGACCACCAUUUCAGGCUUCUGCCGUACACUUGGGUCAAUUAGAGCGUCUCUGGUCGAAAAACCUAGGUCAGAUCCUAGCCUGAUAUUUGUGGAUCCAAAAAGCUAUGAAGUCUGGCGGGAGAAAGAGCUUUCGGACCUAGUAACACUUAUAAACAAAUUUGGCUACUCAAACCCUGUUCUUUCAUCUGAGGUAGGUGAUGACUAUAUUCCUCGUAAUACUAGAGGAGUUUACAAUCGGCUAUUGCAACUGAUCUGGGCUAAAGAGCUAUCAUAUGAUUUGGAAGAGCCAAGUUGCUCGAAAAAUGCUUUCUUUCUGAUCCACAAAUGCGCCAGUUAUUGGAGAAUAACUCUACCUUCCACUAAAGCCACCUUGCUUUACAGUGCUGCAAUAGAAGGACCGAUGGCUGGAAAUUGUUUAAACACGGAGGUCUUCAACCAAGUCUUUACAAUUAUCAACUCAAAAAUUUUGGAUGGAGAACCGUCUUUGAAAGACGGUUCUUUAUGGACUUCGACUGAUCAUGAAGAGUGGUUAGCUAAUUUGCUCUAUUCUUAUGAACAGUGUUUCAAUCUUCUACGACAACAACUAGCAGGGAUUCACGAGAAACCAAGACCAAAGUUUUCAUCAACUUUAGAUGUUUAUUACAAUAAGAUUUUGCCCAAUAUCGAACUGGCUGAUAGCACUAUGAUUGGUAGCGAUACCCGUCGAAAACACAUAAAAAAAUUAAGACGUGUCCUCUUCAAGGCAAGUGAACUCUACUAUGUCAAUUUAGUCCGAGAUCUCCCCCGUGAAAGGGACAUAGAAUUCCAAGACGUCAAGAACAUGGCCGACAGCAUCGUUUUGGAAGUUCAAAAUCUUCAAAAGCGUUAUAGUAAACCUCUACUCGGUGAAAUCAACCUUGCUCUGGAAUGUGGGAAGGUUCUUGUAGAGGCAUUUGGCGUAGAUUGUUCUGCUAUGCUAGCACAAGUUAGGCAGGCCUCUAGCUCUCAAAGUGACCAUAUUCCUUACUAUGAUGCUACUGAGACCUACAAAUCGCUACGUGAGUUGCGUGACGUUCACCUUCAAAUACAGCCUUCAAAACCAUUUCCAUUCAAGUUGGAGAAGUAUUUCCUCACGUAUCUAUCGAUGCUGUGCGAUGACACUUGUCUUGGUAUUCGAAAUGUUAUACAGACCGCCAUCGCGAAAGAAAGUUGGGAUACAGUUGAUGAGAAUUUAAACUAUAGUACUUCAGUCAUCGAUGUUUUCAAGAUGAUCAACGAGUCUUUUGAAGUCUUUGGAAAGCUGGGUUGGGAAGAUCAAUAUCAAAUAUCUAAGAUAUACACAUUCCUUUUGAAAUCAGCUGCCGAUGGAUUGAGUUUUUAUUCCACUGCUGUUGCGAGUGUAAUAGUUGAUGAUAUUAAGGCCACGGAAGAGGUAGACGAAGAUUUUGAGGAAUACGGUGAUGUCCAGAAGACUAUUCCUCAAUCUGCUGCCGCGAGAAUGAAGAAUUCAUGGGUAUACACUGAGAUGAAAAACGUACUGAAAUCUCACGAAUUUACUGUGCCAAAACCAUUUGAGUUCCAGAGAAAAACUUGCAUUUGCUUGAACAACCUCAGCCAAAUGAUGCUAUUACUGAACUCCUUAGAAAGUCGUAUUAAUCCGGAAGAAGUCUCCUCUGUGGUUACCACACAUGAACAAUUUAACAUCAAGCGCAAAAUGAAGACAGAAAAACAGAAUAGUACCCUCAGGCACUUAUACACUAUAAGGGUAGUUCGUGCAGAGGACCUGAGCAGCUCCGCACAGCACUCGAAUAUUUUGACAGCUGUUAGUAUUGUUGAUACAAAGCUUCAACGAGAGGUUGCCAAGACACGCGAGGUGAUGAAAUCUGGAAGGCCAGUAUGGAAUGAAGAGUUCGAGCUCGAUCUUCCGGUUGGUGAUUCCCGACUCAUCAGUUUUAUUCUGUGGACCCACAAAUCAAGAUUUAAUUCUGAAUCGAAUAAGUUAUAUGGGCGGGCACUUUUGAGCUUGGAUCCCAAAAACUUUCGAGAUGACGGUUAUCCGCAAGAAAUAAAUCUUAAUUUGGACUCUCGUGGGAAAAUCAUAAUACAAAUAUCUGUCGAGACUGAAAAGCUCGAUGCCCUAUUUUCCAUGGGUAGGGCAUUUAGAUCACUCACCCGUGCUCGGGAUCGAUCACUUGAACUGAUGGUUAGCAAAUUUCAAGUGUUCGUUCAUUUUGCCUUAUCGAAAACAACCUUGAAAACAGUAUGCGGCAGCACUGGAACAACUAAGGCUGGUAACAACGUCGUUUAUGAUUCGAUAGUACCGCUGUUUGACUACUUAAAUGCAAAUUUAGACAUACUUGCGUCACAUUUGCCUCGUGAGGUGCUAUUGAAACUGAUGUUGGAAGCAUGGGAGGAAAUUUUGAACAGAGCGGAUGAGCUUUUGUUGCCGUUUGUGACUGAAAUAUCGAGGGCCCCAAAGGUAAGCUCCAAAACAAAAACAAUUUGGGAAAAUGCCGUUGAUGCUGCUAAACAAGGAAUCAACUCACCAGUCACAUCGGACCGUCCUUUGACCAAAAUUGAAAUUGACACGAUAUUUGAAUGGUUAAGGGCGUUAUGCGUUGACUUCUUUCACAACAAUGGAGAAGGUCCUGCCAUCGAAGAUUUGAAAAAUAGACAUUAUCAGUCUCUUCUGCUCAUUCCAACGUAUUAUGACAAGCCAGUUAACGAGCUAAAAGACGAAUUGAAAUCAUUAGACCGUGAAUACAGCAAGUUAAUUUCUGAGAGUAAAGAACUCGAGGUUCAUGAUCCCAAGAAGUCCAUGGUAGUUGGCAAAAGAGAAAGGAGUAUUGCACGUCGCAAAACCAUCAUCGCAAACGCUUUGCGGAAGCGGAGACUACGACUCGACCAGGAAAUCAAGGAAGCCGAGAAGAAUCCUCUAGAGAACAUAGAAGCUACACGCAACAUUCUCUUGCGCAUAUUAGUUGCCAAAGGUGAGAGUGACUUUGUCGCGGAUUGUCUAAAAUGCCAUGAGAGAAUGACCAAAGCCUUGUUAACUGAGAAGAUAGUUAGAGCUGCACGUUCCAGCCACCACUAG